AUGGCUAACAAGGUAAUUGUUUUGGCGGGCACUGCAGGCACAGGCAAGUCAACUGUUGCAGACAUUCUAAUCAAGAAUCACAGCGCCAGGUAUCCAGAUGUCAGAUUCAUCGAGGGAGAUACGCUGCAUCCACCAUCGAACGUGGAGAAAAUGUCAGCAGGCAUCCCCUUGGUUGAUGAAGAUCGUUGGGGCUGGUUAGAAAAGGUUGCCAAUGUCUCCAGCGAGACCGCCAAGGAGCAUGGAUUGUGUAUUGCUGCAUGUUCGAGUCUCAAGAAGAAAUACAGGGACUUCAUGAGAGAAAAGAGACCUGACACUAUUUUUUACUUCGUUUUCCUGUAUGGUACCAAGCAAGAAGUUUUGGGCAGGUUGGAGAGACGUUCCCAGCACUUUAUGAAGGCUACUAUGAUGGAAUCUCAAUUUAAAGAUUUAGAAUUACCUUUGGAGGGCGAGCCCCACUGUUGUAUUGUUCACAUCGAUGGUAAGAGUUUCGAGCAGGUGGAGGAAGAUACCAAGGAAAAAGUCUCAAAAAUGUUUGCAGAGUAA